UUUUGAUGACGGCGGUGGCCCUGCAUAUCCUGGUCGAAUCAGUUUGGACGACAAUGACAAUCAGGGGCCGGUUUACGUAUGACAUUAGGCCUCCUGACGCGCGGUAUCGCACGUCGACAAUCGGGAUAAGUGCUGCAUGCCCACGAGUAGACUACCGUAGCUCAGCGUGCGCCAGUCCUCCGCGAAAAACUCCUUCCUCCAACGACUGAGAGCCACGCGCAGCCGAAGCAGCAAAGAUGAAUCGAGUAAGGAAACUGCUGGCCAGCAAGGAGACCCGUGAAUACUUUAUGAGCACGCACUUCUGGGGCCCAGCUGCCAACUGGUUGAUUCCGAUCGCUGCUAUUGCCGACAUCAAACGAGAUCCAAAAUUCAUAAGUGGAAAAAUGACAUUUGCGCUCUGCCUGUAUUCAAUAUGCUUCAUGAGAUUUGCUCUGAAAGUACAGCCUCGCAAUCUCUUGCUCUUUGGCUGUCAUCUCACAAACGAGUGUGCACAAUUGACGCAGGGAUAUAGAUUCUUAGAAUACAACUACUCGAAAAAGAAGGAAGAAUAAUCCACUGGAAUGGAGGAAAAAUCUUUAUCAUGCAUGUUGAACCACCGUUACUGCCAAAGAGUCCAUCGAAACACUCUGCACCACUGCGAUACCAUGAAAUGAUUCUGUGUAAAACACGAGGUAGCAAGAGGUGUUACGUAUUGUUCUGAAUCAUCAAAUUUUUCAAGAUGUACAGUGCAUGUAUUCUACCACUAGAUAAUAUUUACUUAGGUACACUGGGAUGUAAAUAAAAAUGGAGAAAAAGUGUACGGGCGACUAGAUCAACGUGUCUUUAGUACCUGGCAAUCUAUGUAGGAUAGUUGGUACAAUUGGGGGGAGCAUUGAAUUUGUUUGUUAAUUUUAUUUCAAUUAUACUUCGAAAAAUAAACACUUGUUUUUAAAAGAA